AUGGCCGCGCCGCUUCUUCCGCCGCUUCCGUCGUGGUCGGCCUCUCUCGGAGCGGCUUUCUCCUUCCCCGCCCUGCUGCCUGAGGACGCGGCUGAGAAGCUGCUCGCGGUGCUGUGUCCGCACUCGCCUUCCGCGGCGCUCUUCCUCGCUCUCACGCUCUUCUGGUUCGCCGUCCACGCCUUCGUCUCCCCCUGCCUGCCUUCGCUGCUGCUGCCGCCGGCUGCGCGGCGCCAGCACGCGCAGAAGCUCGCGCGGCUGAAGCAGCUCGAGGCUGACCUCCGGCAGUCCGCGCGAGAUGCCCAAAACGCGUCGACCGCGGCGUGUGUAGACCGCUUUUGCGCGCAGGACGUCGGCGAGGAGCUCGCGUCGCUGCGUGUGUACCGUGUGAGCGCGGACGCCAACACCACUGCGUCGCUCCACGCGCUGUACCUGGCACCCGCUGCGCUCUUCCACGCUGUUGGCCGUGUGAUUCUCCCUGUCGCCCACGGCCUCGUCGCGCAGGCUGCAGCGGAGGCCUUCUCAGCCUUCCUGCUUGCGCACAAAGGCGACGGCGACCGCGCCGCGCUGCAGACCGGCGCCGAGGACGCCGCGCGCGAAGCCGCGCUGCAGCAAGAGAGAAACAUCUGGAGCACCUACCUGGCGCACUGGGACCGGGCGCCGGACUACUGGGAUGGCGCCAACGACGCUCUCGUCAUCUUUUCCGCGUACGUGAUGUCGAGUUACUUUCUUUGGGAUUCCUUCGAGUGUCUGCGCAACUUGAAAGUCCAUCGCCGCGCCUUUCUUCUCCACGCCGUAAUCAGCCUCCUCGGCGGGACGAUUCAGAUCGCGGCGCCCGGAAUCAAACUCUCAGGUUUUUGCAGUUUGUUUGCAAUCAGCGAGAUUUCGACGCCAUUCCUUCACUUUCGUUGGUUUUUGCUUCAGAACGGGCAGGCGGAGAGGCGGCUGUUUCGCUUUGUGAACGCGUUGACAGUCUGUCUGUUCAUUUCGGUGCGCCUCUUCGUGGUGCCCUUCCUCGUUUUCGCGCCCUACUGGCUUGACCUCUGCGUGUAUCGCCAGCACCUGGGCGCGGACGCGAACAUUUCUUCGCUCCGGAAAGUCUUCAUGAUGAUGCUUACAGUCGGCUGGACGCUGCUCAACUACUUCUGGGGCUACCUCUUCUUCCGCUCCCUCUGCCGCAAGCGCCGCAGGGCCGGACAGGCGGCGCAAGGCGCCGAGAAGGCCGAAGACCCCCGCCGGAAGGCCGCCAAGGCAGACUGA